UAAUUGCUAUACUGUAUUCCCGGUCCAUGACUUGAUUUUCCAUCUUGUCUGUUGAAUUUUUGGACCGCUGCAGGGCCCAUUAGCUUUAGUGGAAGCAGUUAAGUACUCCUUAAAGAUGGGUUCAGUUAUCAAUCACCACCAAUAGGCCUUUCCGCCUUGGUACUAGAGUUACUAAUGGGCCUGGGAUUGUAGUUCCCAAAUUGAAGAAACUUUGCUACAUUACCCUGCCAUAUUGGUAAUUUUGCCAUUCUUGCCCGGGACACUUGGGACUUUUUCAACCUCAUCCGUGAAUCCAGAGAGGUGGAGGAAAGGAUGGAAGAAGCAACAUGGGAGCAGAGACUCCAGGCCUUAACUCACAUCCUAACGUACCCCACAACCGCACCACCUCUCCACUCUCAGCUGUUCAUCUCCACCCAGAUCCCAUGCUACCUCAAUUGGGACUACCCACCGGUACUCUGCAACAAGCCCCAACCCACCUUCCCUUCUCUCCACCUGUCAUGGGGCUUCUCUCUCUUUCUCAAAAGGAUCUCCAGAUUUGGGAAGCCGGAGACGUCUUGGAGGUCCAAGUGCCCAUUCCAGCAACCCCCGCCGAUGAUUCUUGCCGAAGGAGUGGAAGAAGCCAAGUGGGGUGAGGAAGAGAGGAGAGAGUAUGUGAGAAAGAGGCUGAGAAGAGGGCACCUUGUAAACAGAGUUCAUCCCUCAAUUCCAAUCCUCGUUCCUAAUCUGUUGUUGUUCUCUCUCUUGCUUUGGAACCCAUUUCCUCUCGACGACUCUUGAGCUUGGCUGUCGGUGGUUCGUCCACUCCAUUCAUUUUUCUUUUAAUUCACAAUUUUUGUGGCAAAGACCAUAUUGGGUUGGCUUUUACUGUUGAAAUUGGAUGUUUAUGUUGCAUA